CUGAACUCAGCGACUGUACGAGCAGGACCACUGUGUGUUUCAUCAUCUCUCAACAUGGUCGAUGCAUUUUGUGCCACUUGGAAACUGGUUGACAGCCAGAACUUCGACGAGUACAUGAAGUCACUGGGUGUUGGUUUUGCUACCAGGCAAGUAGGCAAUGUUACCAAACCCACAAUUGUGAUCAGUCAUGAGGGCGAUAAAGUUGUGAUAAAGACGCUGAGCACCUUUAAAAACACCGAAAUUUCCUUCAAACUGGGAGAGGAGUUUGAUGAAACCACAGCAGACGAUAGACAUGUGAAGUCUACUGUAUCCUUGGAAGGAGACAAUCUUGUCCAAGUUCAGAGGUGGGACGGCAAGGAGACAAAGUUUGUCAGAGAAAUCAAGGAUGGUAAAAUGGUUAUGACCUUGACCUUUGAGGGAGUGCAGGCCGUGCGCACAUACGAGAAGGCAUAAUGUCCAGAGCGCAGGACGUUUCAGUAUUACCCUGGCAACUUGACGAUAUUACAAGGGAAUUUUUAUUACACUGUAUUGUCAUCUGGGAGUUUUCCCCUUUUUUUGUAAGACCUUUUAUAUAAAACGCACAUUGUGAGUUGUUUUAAAUGAUGCAGAAUGUCAAUGAUGGUGGUGGGGGAGUGUAUUAUUGAGGCCUGCCUUUGUGUCAAAUUGAAAGAAAUACACAUUUGAUCUA